AUGCGUCGUCUCUCACUUUCGCUCUUUUCGAUCGUUCUCUUCCUAGGCCUUGUCAAAAUUCUCAACUGCUGGUGGGCAGCUUGCUCCCUUGCCGUCCUCAUCUCUUCGCAGAACUGGAUCGAGAGCAUGAUACGCUAUGGAAAUAAUGCUUCCAUGGUGAACACCUCUUGGCCGCAAGACGGCAGCGUCCAGGUCCAAAUUUGGAACCCGGAUACGCUCACACCCGUCAUCGAAACCGCGGUCGUCGCCAACAAGAGCCAGACCGAAGACCACGUCGACGGUAACUGGUGGCACGAUUCUCUCUCCCAGUCUAUCAAGCUCCUCGGUACCCAAAUGGAUAUUGCGGGCAUCUUUCCCAAUGGGACCUUUGACCCUACAAGCGGGUCGGCAUUGACAGGGCUGCAGGUGCUUACGGGCUUUGAGACGGCGUCGAAGUUGACGAGUGACUAUGCGGAUGCGGAUGCGUUCUGGACGGACCUGGCGAGGGCGAAUGAGAGCACGCCCGUCAUCUUCAAUACCGUGUCUUUGGACAGUAUUGGGGUGACGGACCCUCAGCUGGGUGACAGUCACGAUUAUGCUGUCUUCAAUGGUACGGUGCAUGAAGACGGGUCCAAGACGGUGUGGGCGAGGAAUAGUUGGGGCUCAACAGACGAGUUCAAACUUGAAGAUGUGUACAAUAAUACCUAUCAGAUUAUCCACCUGGCCAACUGGGAUAGGUUGGAAUGGCAGGAUAGUGUUGAUUGGACCAUCACCUGA